AUCGCUGCCACCUAUUUUACGGCAUUUUGAUAACAGUUGCCCCAUUGCAAUUAAACACGGAAAAAGCAGGUGAUCUGGGCUAAGGCAUUUACAAAAUCAUUUGUUGUUGUUUUAAAUCUAAUUUUGUUAAAGCCUAAUUUUCUUAAAAUAUAACUUCCGCAAAUAAAUAAGUACGUCUAUUAUAUAUUAAUAUUAUUCUGAGAGCAUCACAUUCAUGGCGUCCCUAAGGACUGCUGGCUGCACCGGAUGACACCAACCUUGGGGAGGCCUCUGCCAUCACAUCCGACGAAAACAUCAGUUCGUCACGUUUUAAAAUAUAUUUUUUUUUAUUGUAUCUACAGGAUUAUCGGUUAAAUAACCCAACAAGAAUGUCUUACUUUAAUCAAACAUACAACAGAUGUUUAGCCGCACGAAAUCCUGAUCUCAUAGACAGUCCUUACUUCAUGGCCUCGGACAUGGAGCAUCAUUAUCCGAACUUGUACGACUUCCAGAGAGCCACCAUGUUGUAAGUAUCAACCUGUAGCCUGGUCCUUAUGUGAAUUUCUGACUCUGUGAUAAACUCACGAAGUCUUAGAAUCAAAGCCAGACAUACAAGUCCAACGGCUCCUAUAGGCCUAUAGUCUAUUACGAUUUUUGUUUGUUUGUUGUUUUUUAAAGUGGCUUGGGAUAAAAAAAAAUACGCAAAUUGAAAUAUUUCACGGUAGUAGUGUAGGCUUGGUAAUAUUGUUUUAACGGUUGAGAUCCCUCAGAAUCCCUGUGAAAAUAUUGAUUAAUAUUCAUUUUAUAUAAACUCAUUGGUCAUUGCAGUAGUUCUUGAUUUGACAACAUAGAAAAUAAUCAAAUUAUGCUAUAAAAAGAACUACAGCAAAUUAAGUAUAGAAAAGACAAAAGUUUUGCUACAAGACUGACUCAGAUUAAAGUUUAGAAAAACGUGUUAAAGAAUGGACGUUUAGUUUGUAUCUACACUAGUGCCUUUGAAUUAACCCUUCCUAGAUGGUCGAACACGAUGACUUCCCACACCAGCAGGUAAUAUUGAAGUUUAGUAUAUAUCGUUGCACUGUAUACUUUUUUUUAACAUAAAAAAGUAUUUGGAUGAAUUUUUUAAUACAAAAUUUCUACAUGGGCGAUCAUCAUCUAAAACAGUGGUUCUCAACCUGUGGGUCGCGACCCCUUUGGGGGGGGGUCGAAUGACCCUUUUCCAGGGGUCGCCUAAGACCAUCGGAAAAACAUAUUAUUAUACUCUACAGUUAUGAAGUAGCAACAAAAAAAAAUUGUGGUUGGGGGUCGCCACAACCUGAGGAACUGUAUUAAAGGGUCGCGGCAUUAGGAAGGUUGAGAACCUCUGAUCUAAAAGGUUUCUGGGAUACGCCUGCAGUCUUAUUCUAUAGAAAAGAAGAGGGGGCUCUACGCCUUCUCAAUAUCUGCCUUAGAAAACUCCCUUAAAAUGAAUUGUAGGAUACAUUUAUAUCGUCAGUUGGUUCGAUACAGACUUAUCAACACUUUAAAAGACAGCUGGUUGGACAUGUCGACAUUAUAAAAAAAAGUGCUAAUUUGAAACAAACAUAUUAACACUGCAAAAAUACAUUCAUUUUAUUUCCUAUUCUUAGAGGUCCAGAGAAUACGCUCCAGAGAUUAUACUCGUUUUGCUAAAAGCAGAUGAAACUAUCGGUAAUGGUAGUUCAGUGAAGCUAUCUUCACAUGUUGUUCAAAGGACACGUGUGUCGGUAAUGGUAGUUCAGUGAAGCUAUCUUCACAUGUUGUUCAAAGGACACGUGUGUCGGUAAUGGUAGUUCAGUGAAGCUAUCUUCACAUGUUGUUCAAAGGACACCGUGUGUCGGUAAUCAUAGUUCAGUGAAGCUAUCUUCACAUGUUGUUCAAAGGACACUAGGUUUCGGUAAUGGUAGUUCAGUGAAGCUAUCUUCACAUGUUGUUCAAAGGACACCGUGUGUCGGUAAUGGUAGUUCAGUGAAGCUAUCUUCACAUGUUGUUCAAAGGACACCGUGUGUCGGUAAUGGUAGUUCAGUGAAGCUAUCUUCACAUGUUGUUCAAAGGACACCGUGUGUCGGUAAUGGUAGUUCAGUGAAGCUAUCUUCACAUGUUGUUCAAAGGACACCGUGUGUCGGUAAUGGUAGUUCAGUGAAGCUAUCUUCACAUGUUGUUCAAAGGACACCGUGUGUCGGUAAUGGUAGUUCAGUGAAGCUAUCUUCACAUGUUGUUCAAAGGACACUAGGUUUCGGCAAUGUUAGUUCAGUGAAGCUAUCUUCACAUGUUGUUCAAAGGACACUAGGUUUCGGUAAUGGUAGUUCAGUGAAGCUACCUUUACAUGUUGUUCAAAGGACACUAGGUUUCGGUAAUGGUAGUUCAGUGAAGCUAUCUUCACACGUUGUUCAAAGGACACCGUGUGUCGGUAAAGGUAGUUCAGUGAAGCUAUCUUCACACGUUGUUCAAAGGACACUGUGUGUGCUAAGGGCGGAUGAAAUGACAAAGCGCUAUUCCGGAGAUACACGUCACUUCCAGGGGGUAGCGCAAUCAAACACAAGUCGCAUGAUGUAGAUUUACUAUUUAAAAUUGAAUGGAUCCAAUAAAACGUUUUGCCUUAAAUCCCACGAAAUUAUCAUCGAGUUUCCAAUCAUCUUUUCCACUAUUUUAUAAUCUCUUAUUUUAAUUUGAAGAUAUAUUUAAAAUAAAAAUAAUUAAAAAUUGGCUUAUAAGAUAAUAUAAUGUCAGACGUCUGCCAGCUAGACAUCUGUCUGGUAGCGGCCAGUCAGUUGACGGUCUGUCAGUUUGCCGUGUGUCUAUAGACGAUUUCCCUUUUACUGAGAAAACCUCUACUCCAUUCACUAUCCUGUGCAUUGUUUUUUUUCUCCCUUCAACCAGCAAUAGCCCCGGGCCACUGUAUGCACCUUUCAACCGUCCACUAUUUGUACCCAGGUCGCGUCCAUCAUAUAUGAGAGAGGAGGACUACAGGGUUAGAUCUGAUUGGUUAAGUAAGUCAGAGGGUGUGUCUUAUGUGUCGGGUUACGGUGUCUUUGAUUGGUUGUCUGUAUAUUUGAGUAAUUGCCACUUGAGGUCUUUGGAUUACUUACUGUGUCUGAAAAAACAUGACUUGUCUUGGUGUCUCUUUGCUAUCGGACCCAGUUUAGCUGCACUCGUUCGGAAAUUGCCAAGUAACUACAUUUAAAUUUCGAAUUCCGUCGUUUGUUGAUUUUGCAAGCUUAUCCAAAAACAACUUUCCCUCAUGCAAGAAAAAAAAAAACAAACAACGAAGAAAUGGCUGGGAAAUAAAUUAAAUAUGUUUAAAAAUGAUUUUAGAAUGUUAGGAUGGAUGGCUUCUUUAACAGCGGUUGUACAGUUAGAUUAGAUUGUUGAAUAUCACCCUGGCGUGGUUUGGAUUUCUUGAUCGCCACAUGAUUAGCUGUCUUAUUCGGCAGCGGUUUUAGUAUCUAGGUAGCCAGGUAACAACUAACUGGGACUGUUAAAAGGAAAUGAACGCAAGGGUCAUCAAGGGAAAUCAGGAAUUUUGGAAUGUUGACUUUUAUAAGGAAGAUCAACCAACCUGAACAUACACGCCAAGAUCAGAAUUUUGAAAUGUGUCUUGAAGGUUCUCCUGUAUUAUGGAGAGAAUGAUGGAGGCCUCUAGAUUAACAGAGCGGAAGUUUCCCGGGGCCACAUCCCCACAAAAGGGCUGUAAAAUCUUGUGGGUAAAGACAAUCUCCAGUAAAGAAAAUGCUGAUCGAGAGUGACAACCAGUGCAAAAACUGGACAACAGGGCACAGCGCCUGGAGACAAGUUGGCUAGAUUCCUUGAAUGCCAGCACGAUACAAGUUGUCCAGAUUUCUUGAAAGCCAGCACGAGACAAGUGUGCCACGUUCUUUAUCGUCGGCUAAGCGUGGAGAAAGAUUGAAAGUGUAUUCGACAGUUAAAACGAUCAGCUCAAUUUAAACCAAUUAGAUGAUUACAUAUUUUUAACAUCAAUUGGAACUUGAUACCCCCCCCCCCCUCAUUUUUUUUCCUUCUCCACAAAAUGUGUUUUGUUGCAUUCCUUUUGUUCAGGUUUGACCUUUACUUUGUUUGACUCAUUUCCUACAAGUUUUAUAAUGGUCGUUGCUUAUUUGUAAAUAGUUGAUGUUAUGAUUAUAUCAUGUUAUAUUUUAAUAUAUUAUAUUAUUUAAUAAUAUGUCAUCCUUCCCUCUUUACGAGACGAUGGACUAGCUAUGUACACUUCAACAAAUGGCUCUCUAGGCCAAUCCUGGAAUGACACUCUCGACUGCAUUUCUCACAAGACAAUAUAGACUCCUGGUUAGAUUUUGCCGUCCGCAAUGUUCUUUUUUUUUGCGAGGGCUUCGUUUCGCUCAUCUUCUGCGUUUUUGACUCCUUCAUACAUUGCUGUUCGCCAGCUGGAAUGUUGUUCAACAAUGAUCUCCCAUUCGUUGAUUUCAAUGUUGACUUCCUUCAUGCUCCUUUUGCAAGCGUCCAUAAAUCUCUGGCGUGUCCUUCCAAUAAGUCUUGUUCCUUCUGCCAACUCUCCAUACAGCAGCUUCUUUGGAAUACGGCCUUCCUCCAUUCUCCUUACAUGGCAUAACCAGCGAAGGCGGAGCAUAUGCUACACACUUUUACACGUUCCAAGACCUCCGUGCUGGGCACCAUGUCCUACCAUCGAAUGCGUAAAAUGCGACACAGACAUCAUGGAUGGAAGCUGAUAGACUCUUAGUUUUGUCUUAUCAGUUAUAUUGAGAUUAUUGUACACCCACUUAUUCAGAUUAGCCAUAAUUGCUGCUGCUUUUCUGAUCCUAAUGUUAACCUCUUUGAGAGAACUUUAAAUGUUGGAUCCAUGCUCAAAAACCGACAGAUAAUGGCUCUCAAUAGAUAUGAUAGGAGGGGGGGGGGCGGUGCUUCUUGCAUCAUAACAUGUUUUCUGUAGACUAAUUGACAGUCCAAACUCUUUACAAGACGAUUAAAUACCAGACGAAGACCUUCUUCUGUGUGCGAUGCUAAGGCAGCAUCGCCGGCGAACAGAAGUUCGCGAAUUAAUACCUUUUUUACCUUAAUCAAUUGAAAUUUCAUUUAAUAUUUUCCAGAAUACUCAAUUUUAUUACUUUAAUGGCUAUGUUGUAAUUCAAGCUCUGGUUUCAGACUUCUGGGCGAUAGAGCAAACACAAAACUAUACAGUUUUUUUUUAAUUGCAUGAUAAUAUCUUAAUACUAUCUUUAUAUCUAACAGUUCUAACAACACUCUGUGUUCUCCAGGUAUCUGGGGCAAUGCUGCAGUGCGCCAUAACAACACUAGCUUAGCCAAUCUGGACUAAUGUUAACAUACACGUUUGGCCGAAGAUAAAAAUAAAACAUGUCCCAUUGUAUGGCACCAUUGUACUGUUCAAUGGUUGCUGUUUUUGCAAG